UCAGGUGCGGCGGGCGGAGGCGGCUCGGCCGCGCAGUGCUCCCUGUGCCGCCGCCAUGAGCAGCGCGCAGCUGCCGCUCGGGGCCGGGCCGCGGGCGCAGCCCGCCUGGAAGCGGGAGAUCCUGGAGAGGAAGCGGGCCAAGCUGGCCGGGGCGGCCGGCGGCGAGCCGGAGCCGCCGGGGGGGGAGCGGCUGGUGGUGGCGGAGAGCCUGGGCCCGCUCCGCGAGAACCCCUUCAUCCGGCUGGAGGGCGAGCGGCGGCGGCUGCGGCAGGGGCUGCCCGGGCACGGCCCCGGGGCGGCGCGGCCGCUGCAGCAGUUGCUGGAGCUGUACAGCGCCGUGCCCGGCAUCCGCACCAUCCGCGCCGACCACAUCCUCAUCAUCGAGUCCAAGCACGACGUCGCCGCCUGCUUCGCCGAGAGGGACGCGCUGCUCGGCCGCCGCCGGGACCCGGCCGCCGGCUCCUCCCCGCCGCGGCGCCCCGACCCGCUGCGGGAGCUGCUGGCCCGCCGCGGCGCCGCCCUCGCCGAGAUCCGCGCCGACCAGGUCGUCAUCUACGAGGCGGCGGAGCCGCCCGAGGUGGCCGAGCCCGGCACCGUCAGCCGCAUCCUCGAGAAGUUCGGGCAGCGGCCGCGGGGCCGCCGACGCCGCGGCGGGAAGGCGCUGACCGGGCCCGGGCCCGGCGCCGUGACAAGCGGGGCGGCUGCUCCUCCGCAGGUGGGACCGGGCUCCCCGCGGGCCGGGCCGGCCGCUCCUCCGGCGGCGCCGGGCUCCCCCCGGGCCGGGCCGCCCCCUCCGCAGGUGGCACCCGGCUCCCCCCGGGCCUCGGCGCCCCUUCGAAGGCGACCCGGCUCCCCCCGGGCCUCGGCCCCAAAGGCGAGACCGGGAUCUCCGCGGGCGGUGCCGGCCGCCCCCCAGCCGCCGCCGUCUCCCCCCCGUGCUGCCGUCCCCUCGGCAGUGCCGGCCACCCCCCAGCCUGCUGUCCUGCUGCCGACACCCCCCCGGGAUGUCACCCCCCAGCCGCUCCCGGCUCCCCCCCAAGCUAUCAUCCCCCAGCUCACGGCCCCUCAAGCAGCCUCGGCUCCCCCCCGGGCUGUGACCCCCCAGCUUCUCCCGGCUCCCCCCCCGGCUGUGACCCCCAUGCCCACAGCCCCCCAGCCGCUCCUGGAUGCCCCCCAAGCUGUCACCCUCCAGCUCACAGCCCCUCAAGCAGCCCCAGCUCCCCCCCAGGCUGUGACCACCCAGCCCAUGGCCCCCCAGCCCCUCCCGACUCCCCCCAGGGCUGUCACCCCCCAGCCUCUCCCAGCUUCCCCCCAAGCUCCCCUCCCGGCUUCCCCCCGGGCUGUCACCCCCCAGCCCCUCCCGGCUCCCCCCCGGGCUGUCACCCCCCAGCCCCUCCCGGCUUCCCCCCGGGCUGUCACCCCCCAGCCCCUCCCGGCUUCCCCCCGGGCUGUCCCAGCCAUCCCCAAGGCCACAGUCCCCCAGGCCAACUGCUUUCUCCACAAGAUCGGCUCCAACUCCUUCACCGUCACCCCCCGGGGUCUCCCCCCUGGCAGCCGCAUCCCCGAGCCGGGCGCUGUCCCCGCCGGCCGCCCCACGCUGCCCACGGGGCCACCAGUGCCAUCCGCCAGCCCUUCCCACGCCAGAGCCAACGCCAGGAGGCCAAAGCCGGAGGAGGCCGAAGCAGACGUGCCGCCCCUGCCCAGUGCCAGUCUGGCCCCCAGUGCCACCAGUUCCACCCAGCCGCUCUCCGCCUUUGCUCCCCGGGCUGGGGGCUCCUUUGAAAUUCUUCCGGCCCCCAAGCCCGACUUGGCUGCCAUCCCAGCCCACGACCUGCAGGCCCAGGCCCUGGCCAAGCUGCGCCUCAAUUCACGCAAUUCCUUCCUCUUCGUGCCCCGCCGGGAGGGCGGCCCAGCUCUGCCCCCGGCCCCCAGCGCCAAGCCGGGGCUGCCGCCACCGUCCUUGGAGGAGAAGGCACCGAAGGAGCCCCCGAAGGCUCCCGCCCCAGUGCAGGAAGAGCCUGUUGUUUCCCCGCCGGCGCCUCCGGAUCCGUCGGUACCUGUGACUUACAUCGAUGACAUUGUGGAGCCUGACAGUGGGGAGCUUUCUCCCAGGGCUGGCUCGGCUGCAAGGACAGGGAGCGUGGCGGAUCAGCCUGGAGGGGCUGGCACUGAACUGGAGAUGGAGUUUUCCUCCGUGCCCGUCUACAGACCGCACUCUGCCCCCCAUCAGAAGGGAGGCAGCACCUUCACUGUCGUGCCCAAAAGGAAGCCUGUUGCCUCAGGGCUGCAGACUGUCACUGAUGCCAGCAGAAAGCCGAAGCGGGAGGAACAGGAGGAGGAGGAGGAGAGCAAAGGAAAAGGCAAAGCUGUGGAGAACGCUGAUGGGCCCCAAGCGGGGGUGUCCCAUAAAAAGCGCUACCCCACAGUGAAUGAGAUAGAAGUGAUUGGGGGAUACCUGUCCCUGGAGAGGUCCUGCAUGAGCAAGACGGGCUCCCGCCGCAAGAAGAUGAAGAUCUCUUUCAAUGAGACAAGUUUGCAGACUAUGUUUGAGUACCCAUCAGAGAGCUCACUGGCAGAAGAGGAGGAAGAGGAAGGACAUGCUCCUGAAACGGAGGAGGACAAAUCUCGCACCUUUCACAUUCCACGCCCAAAUAGCACUUUGCAACCCAGUACAGCUAACUCAGCAGAUUUAUCCAGCUAUACCCCAAAGCACUCCGUGAAGUUCAGCACAUGGCAGGAGCAGAAGUAUGAGGAGACGCCUGCCACAGAGGGACCCCUCCUGAAGGAAGCCGAUUCCCAUGGGAACCAAGUCAUGCUCACCCCAGCAGAGAAGGCCGGACUCUCCGGUUUCAGCAGCGAGCCUGCUCUGUAUUUUUGAUCGCUUCAUCUUCUAGCCUGCAGCAGCAGCUGCUGGACAAAACGUGUCAGUGCACCUUCCGAAUGUCCAUGCAAGCACCAUGGAAAUAAGCUUCUGGGUCUCUCCCUCAGCACAGUUUGCUUUGGAUCCUGAUGCCAAGGGUGGACUAGAUGCUAUCGGGCAUCUUCGGAGAAUAUUUGCACUGGAUUCUGGGAUCUAACUACUACUUUUAAGGCAUAUAAUUUGUUCUGCCUGUGGCCUUGCAUAUUCCUUGUUCAAGAUCAGCUGCCAGUUUGGCAAGUGUUUUAAGAACAGAUCUGUAAUCCCGGAAUGGAUGUAGUUUCUCUCAAUGCUUACCUGAGUCCACUCAUCCAGGCACCAUACAGGGUCUGGACAGCUUUUGUAACACUUCUCCCAUCAGAGGCUCCAGUGAAGAAUGGUUCUGGAGUUGGAGCACUGGGAGUAUCUGGGCAGUUAGCCAGAUUCACAGAAGUGGUUGUGAUUUGACAUCUAGAUUGGGUGUCAGUUUGGAAAACCGUUGAAGAUUCAUAGUUUGUUCUUGGCAUGUUUCUAGGUCUAGUUUCACUGAACCAUUAUGGAAUUAAUGUGCCAGUUAUGUUCUUGUGAAGAAAGCCGAAUGCACUGUGUGAGGGAUGGGAAGGGGAAUAAAUGCUUUUAGUUUUAGGUGUCAUUUUUGCACUGAUCUGUAAACAGGUGUCCAGACUGGCUUGAGCCUCUUGAAGAUUCCCAAACAUUGGCCAUAGCUUUUAUCUGUCCGUGCCCAACUCUGGUGUCCAGACCCUAGUAACUGCUGAUUGUGCUUCACUUUGGCAGUUCCUCUUGUUGCUUUGUUGUAGCAUCUAAUGGGGCCAGGCCCAAGACGUAUCUGUCUUCGCUGGCGGGGAGGCUUCCUUCUAGCCAUGCUUGCUCUACUCCUCUAAUGCAAAGCACAGGAGGGCAAUUUCACUCCUUCUGCAGAACUUGAACAAGGAAUAUAUUUUUUUUUCUAGAAUUUUUAUAGUUCUAUUGUAAUUGUUUAAUGCAGCCAAUAUGCAAAAGAAUCUGCUAGACUCUUUAAGUUUUCUACUACUGUAAACUCAGGGUCAAAACUGCACUCUGGAAAAGAUGGAACACUGCUGCUAAUGUGAUUUGUACUUCUGGGAUUAAAAGAGAUGCAGAUGGAAUAGA